AUGAAUUUCGCAGUGAAUCUUCAAUCAUCUACAUUUAAUCAGACAUCGUCAUUUCUGCGUCUAGUAGAACAUAUUCGUCGAUGCGUUCAUGAACGCGAACAGAUCAAGCACCAACGAUCUGUAUCUGAUUAUAUCGAACAUCUAAGACGAUCGAUGAAUGAAAAUCCAUUGUUGACGCGUGCACUCUUCCAAUUUUAUGCUACAAUAAAAACUUUUUCAUCACAAAAUAAUCAUGAAAAAACUUCUCUUGAUAAUCUCUAUACAAUCGACCAUGACAUCGAUCUGAAAUCUAGUCUAUCGGAAAUUAGUUUAACAGACCUGAAACCAACGAAAUCGACUACUCACUAUAUUCAACCAAUGAACAAUACUCACCAAACUACUGGUCUAUUGACAAAAGCAACACUGACUGCUAUCAAUAAGGCACCACAUCAACGUUCAACACAUGACGUUGAAAUCCUCAAACAUUUACUUCAUAAUUGCGAAAAUCUUCGGCAAUCACCUUCUCAUGUUCGACACUAUGCUGCUCGUUCACUUCGACUUCUCACAUACCCUCCGAAUACAAUCAUCACUCGUCAAAAUCACCCCUCGAUUCUCGUUUAUAUCAUCGUAUCCGGCACAUGUAAAACAGUACUUGAGACUGAAGAACGAGCCAUAUUUGGCACUGACUUAAAUAUUGGUUGUGUCUAUGAAGAUAAUUCUGUCGAUUAUCGUUUGAAUGGGUUGAUCACAAGUGAAAUGAGUCAGUGCAAUUUAGUUGCGUUUUUUCGGAGAGAUAUACAAGUAUAUACAAAUUAUUUGUCUGACAUCAUGAAACAAUCAUUACUCGAACAACUUCGAACAAAAUCGACGUUUACUGUUCUCUACUGGCGAAAUGAUAUAGUAGAAUACUUUUUAAAAUGGACGAAAUAUAAACAAUAUGCAGUCGAUGAAAUAAUCUAUGGCAACGUAGACUAUCAAGAUGAGAAUCUUUACUUUAUUCUUCAUGGUCAAAUAUCUUUCGUCUGCUUAUUAAAUUUUCCAUCUCGAAUGAUUCAUCAUCCGCACCUGAAUAAACUCUAUCAAGCACAGAAUUCUCAGGAGAAUGAGAAAGGAAUCACUUGGCGUUUCUUGGAAGUGUUCAUUCUUUCAAACGGUCAUUAUUUUGGAUUUGAACCGGUAACAACUCACGCGUGGUACCUUACUCGAACUAUCGUCGACAUCAUUUCGAUUCCAAAAGAUCGAUUCAAACAGUUGGGUCACUUUGCAUCGAUGGUCUUCGAAAAACUCCGCGAAGAUUUUCUCGAUAUGUAUCCAAAUACAAAUUCCAUUCGUCAAUCUUAUAUAAAAUAUCUUCAAACGAAUCAAUCAAGCGAAAAAGACUUCGUCACAGUAAAGUUCAAGAAUAAAAAACAGCCAAUUAUCAGUACUAGUCAUGAAAAAAUCAACUGGAUUCCAAAACAGAAUCUUUUGAGUAUAUAUUUAAAAAAUCUUUCGUAUUAUUAA